AUGAGCCACCGCCUAAAUUGCUGGUGCAGUCACAAAUACUUUCAAAUAAUGUUGCAAAAGGGAGAAAUUCUCAAAAAUCCAGAGGACAUUGAAACUGCAAAAAGAGGAACUUUUCACAAACACCAUCACCAACACUACCAGAUUAGAUUAGAUUACAACAUCACAAACUGACCAGAGUUUAGUCAGAAUCAUGGGUGAUGAAAAAAAAAACUUGCCAAACUUAACUAUAUUUACAGCAGGACUUUGAAUUGUAAAGUACUGGUGUAAUCUUGACCACCUCUCUGUCAGCUUCGUGUUUUCAGGUGCACUGUCCCUUUAAAUGACAGGGACACUGUCCCUUUAAGACGUUCACCCAGUCAGAGACGUCCAGUCAACAUGAGGCUGAGGUGAACUUCAGUCAUCACAAAACAAACAUCUUAUUCGUCUUAAGUCUCCAUAACUGCAGACUUUAGAUACAUAACAUAGUUACAUCAUGUUGCGCAACGCUCUCUAUGCUUAAACCCGACUGGUCUGCGCAGGCGUGAGAAGACGGCGCAAUAAAAGUGAAUCACGUUAAAGGCGGGCGUGCAGAGUUAUGACUGACAGUACCGCUGUGUCAGAGCUGGAGCUGCUGUCUGAGCAUUACUGAACUAAAGAGACAGAGACGAGGACUCAACACUCAACUUAACAGAGAAUCAUGUCGAAACCGGCCAGUACCAAGGCGGAUCCCCAGACUGGGACGAGGCGGUUCAUCAGCGGGGUGGUAGAAGGUUUUUAUGGGCGGCCAUGGACUAUGGAGCAGAGAACAGAUCUGUUUAAAAGGGAGCAGAAAUGGGGUUUGAACACGUACCUGUACGCCCCCAAGGAUGACUACAAACACAGGAUGUACUGGAGAGACUUGUACUCUGCUGAGGAGGCAGAACAACUCAUCGCCCUGAUAGCUGCAGCGAAAGCACACAACGUCGACUUCAUCUAUGCGAUCUCUCCCGGUCUGGACGUUACUUUCUCCAACCCCAAAGAGGUUGCUGCCCUGAAGAGGAAACUGGAUCAGGUCAAAGGGUUUGGCUGCAGCUCCUUCUCUUUACUGUUUGACGACAUUGAGACCGAGAUGUGUUCAGCUGAUAAAGAAGCCUUCAGCUCCUUCGCCCACGCUCAGGUGGCCAUCACUAAUGAGGUGUACCAGCAUUUGGGAGAACCUGAGACCUUCCUCUUCUGUCCUACUGAUUAUUGUGCUUCAUUCUGCACUCCCAACGUGUCCCAGUCCUCCUACCUGCACACUGUGGGAGACCAGCUGCUGCCUGGCAUAGACAUACUGUGGACUGGUCCCAAAGUGGUGUCCCACAUAAUCUCAGUUGAGUCCAUAGAAGAGGUGUCAUCUGUACUGAAGAGGGCACCAGUCAUCUGGGACAAUAUCCACGCCAAUGACUACGAUCCACAAAGGCUUUUCAUUGGACCCUACAAGGAUCGUCCCACUGAGCUGAUCCCUAAACUGAGAGGAGUGCUCACCAAUCCUAACUGUGAGUUCUACCCAAACUACGUGGCCAUCCACACCUUGGCUACAUGGUGCAAGGCUACUGCUGACGGGCGACCGAUGGAUGUGGAAAUGGGCGACGAGCAGCAGGACCCCCGCUAUAGCCCCCAGAAAGCCCUGAACCUGGCCCUCACUGACUGGCUGAAGGAGUUUAUGAGCACAGAUCAACCUGGAGGCGCUCAUCAUCCUCCAGCUCACCUCAAGAAGGAGUCGUCUGAUGAGAGCUCCUACGUUCCAGGACCUGGAGAUAACCCGCUGUACACAGCCGAGCCUCUGACCCUGGACGACCUGAAGCUGCUGUCAGACCUCUUCUACCUGCCGUACGAAUACGGGCACACAGCCAGGACCAUGCUGCAGGAGCUGGACUGGCUUAAAAAACACAGUCUCGCUGCCACCACUGAGACGGACAAGACGGCGGAGUGGUGUUCAAGAGCAGCGCAGUUUGACGGCAUGUGCGAAGCGGUGGUGCAGAUGUUCAACCGCCUGUCCAACGCCCCGAACCGCAGCAUUCUUUACGACCUCUACAACUACAUCUGUGACAUCAAGAGUGGCGUCGGUCUGGCUCGAGCCUACGUGAAAACUCUGGGAGGGCGUGGCCCACCCUCAGCCCAGCUAAUGACUGACGAUCCUGAACCCUGGGGCUUCAGAGGCGGUCUCUCUGGAGAGUUCCAGAGAAUGCUGCCUUGCCAUGGAAACAGGGACCUGUUCAAACAUCCUCCCAUGACGGCAGUGUACUGCAUACGUCCGUACUGCCCUGAGGACAAGAUGGAAGUGCAGAGGAUUUUCAGGGAGAUGCAAAGAGCCGAAGAGGGAAAAGCCCCCUCGAUGACACAGACGGCUCUUAUUAGUGAUGGCCUGUCAAAAGGUGAAAUCCCUCCUUCCCCUCUGUGUGCUUUCAUCCUGGAGGAUGAGAUGGGGGUGUGUGGCUACACCCUUGCACUCACCGACGCCAAAGCAGCUGCAGCCAAGAGGGAGAUAAGUGACUCAGUAUUCAGGGACUUCCCCUCCCUGGUCACUACCCAAGUAUUGCCCCGGGUCACUGAUCCCUCUCCUGCCAGGCGUAUGAUUGGCCAGCUGUUGUCCACCAUCAGGAGCAGCGGUUCUAAAGGAGCGUUCUGCGAGUUGAGGCAGAACGAUCGGAGGAUGAUCGACUUCUACACUAAGCUGGGCUCCUUCAAACCUGUUAAAGUGGCCGGUCUACCUCAAGACAUCCUUGUCAUGGGAACAAGCCUGUAAACAAGACGCCUCGCAAGGAUUUUCCUCAGGUUUCAAGUGUUGAGAGAUAGAACUGUUAUGUGAAUAACUAACUUUGCAGCUUGUUAAACCGGUCCAACCCAUCAUCUUGUCAUUUUUAUCAGUUAAUAUCACAUUUGUGUAAUUCAGUAGCAAUCAAAGUUUGAAGUCGUUAAAAUGCUUGAGGAAAUUUGUUUACUGUGUAAAAUGAAAAGUAAUGAAAUACAAAUGACUUUGUACACAUGAAAACUGUAAAAAUUUAUAGUGAUUAUUUUUUAAUUUGUUGUGU